CGACCCGGCCACCGGCGCCGUCCGCAAGCACUACAUAGGUAUGGUCAACAUGCUCGACAUCCUCGCCCACAUAGCGGAGGCCAGCGACGACGCAGAGGCCGACGACGAGGCGAUCGACCUCGACAGCUGCAUGGCCGUGCCGGUGUCCUCCGUCAUCGGCCACUCACUUGAGGGACUCACCUUGUGGACGCUCCAUCCAAACACCAGCGUGCUGGACUGCGUGGAGGCGUUCAGCAAGGGCGUGCACCGCGCGCUGGUGCCGCUUGAGAGCUCAGCGGACAACGUCGUGGCGGUGGAGCUCGUGGAGUCCGCCCCGGGGUACCGGAUGCUCACCCAGAUGGACGUGGCCAGGUUCCUGAGCACUCACGGCGCCGAGCUGAAGGGCGUAUUGUCGCGCACCGUGCGGGAACUCGGCGCCGUGAACGAGACCGUGUUCGCGGUCGCGAGUGGCACUAAGGUGAUCGAGGCCAUCAAGGCGAUGCGCGCGGCGUCGCUGACCGCCGUGCCCGUCGUGGACGCCGCCGUGGAUGCAGAGACACUCCAAGAUGGGAGGGGGAAGAAGGCGAUCGAGACGUUCUCGGCGACGGACCUCCGGGACUUCCCGGUUGCGCGGCUGCAACCGUGGCUGGGGAUCAGCGUGACGGAGUUCAAGAAGAAGGUGGCCGAGUACCGGGCGAGCAACAAGCCCGUCGUCCCCGGUGCCGACGCCACGGACACCGGCGUCCCCGUCGACGACGCGGACACUACCGUGACUGCCAAUGCCACCGAUGAAGAAGAGCAGUUGCUGGUGACGUGCUCCCCGGAGAGCACCCUCGGCGAGGCGAUCGAGGCGGCGGCGGCGAGGCACGUCCACCGUCUGUGGGUGGUCGACGAGGAGGGGCUGCUGGUCGGUAUCGUGUCUCUGACCGACAUCCUCCGGGCGGUGAGGGAGGCCGCCCUCGGCGAGGACCGGGAGCUGCACUGCAUCGUGUCGUCCUAGGACUAUAAGUUGAUGUCGUAGCUUUCUAAGAUUAGCUCGUGACAAUCGGUGUCCCGAGUCUCCGAGACCUCCAGCAUCACGCAUAUGUUUCUGACGCUGGCGUUUGCUAGGUAGCGUCUAAUGUGACGGGUAUUACGAUGUUCCAACUUUCAGCUUUUUUAGCGACUGAGGGCGUAGAUAUAUGCUUAAAUCAUCUAUGUUUGAGUUAUGUUCGAGUUUUCUUUCAGCAAAUUUGAAUGCCGUGUACAUCCUAGACGUGUCUGACACGUCUUGUUGGUGCUUAUUUGGCGUCUAGGCCGAAAAUUGUACUUCCUAAACAUCUCAAAAGAACUAGU